GAGAUGUGGGCAGGAGUGGGUCCCCUCCCCCUAGAGAUGUGGGCAGGAGUGGGUCCCCUCCCCCCAGAGAUGUGGGCAGGAGUGGGUCCCCUCCCCCCAGAGAUGUGGGCGGGUGGGUCCCCUCCCCCCAGAGACCUGGGCGGGCCUCCCGGACCUCCAGGCUGGGCCGGCUGCUUUCAGCACCACAGAUUCCCGGACAGCUCCAGAGCUUCGGCCGCCCAGAGGACCGGGCUGGCGGACCUUGGCCACGGGCCAUUUCCCGGCCCACAACGGGCGCGUGCAGGAGCCCCUGGGCGGCCCCAUGGCGGAGGAGCGGGCCCCCCGGGCCAGAAAGCCAGAGCUGCCCGCCCGCUCCGGCUCCUCGGGUUCGGGCGGCAGCCCCCGAGCCAGGCACAAGUUCGGCGGCGUGUUCUGCAGCGUGCAAGACGCCUUCGAGAAUAAGACCCUGACCUUCUCUUCGCCUGGCCUCGCCUCGGGGGGCGGCCGCCGGCCUCCCAGCUCCGCCCGGGCCAGCGAGACUCCCAGCAGCGCCCCCGAGGCCGGCCCAGAGGGCGCGGGACCCUGCGAGCCCGCCCCUCCGCCUGCCGCUGGGCUUCCUCCGGGCCAGCCCCAGAGUGACCGACUUCUGAUCAAAGGCGGGAAGAUAGUCAACGAUGAUCAGUCAUUCUAUGCUGACGUGUAUUUGGAGGAUGGCUUGAUAAAACAAAUUGGAGAAAACCUCAUUGUUCCCGGAGGUAUCAAAAUCAUCGAUGCCUACGGCCUGCUGGUCCUGCCCGGCGGAGUAGACGUCCACACGCGGCUGCAGGUCUCCGUCAUGGGGAUGAGCUCCGCCGACGAUUUCCAUCAUGGCACCAAGGCCGCCCUAGCUGGAGGAACCACCAUGAUCUUGGACCACGUGCUCCCUGAACCCGGGGUGAACCUGCUCACUGCCUAUGACCAGUGGCGAGAAGCUGCCGACGGCAAAUCAUGCUGUGAUUACUCCCUGCACAUCGACAUCACCCGCUGGCACGAGAGUCUCAGGGAGGAGCUGGAGGCCUUGGUAAAAGACAAAGGUGUGAACUCCUUCCAAGUUUUCAUGGCCUAUAAAGACAAAUACCAGUGUACUGAUGGCCAGAUGUAUGAAAUUUUCAGCAUCAUCCGAGAACUGGGAGCCAUCGCACAAGUUCAUGCCGAAAAUGGAGAUAUUAUUGAUGAGGAACAGAAACGAUUGUUGGAACUUGGGAUUACUGGACCAGAGGGCCAUGUUCUUAGCCACCCUGAGGAGGUGGAGACAGAAGCUGUGUACCGAGCAAUCACCAUUGCCAAGCAGGCCAAUUGCCCCCUCUACGUCACCAAAGUGAUGAGCAAAGGAGCAGCAGAUACAAUUGCUCACGCUAGGCGCAAGGGGACUGUUGUGUAUGGAGAGCCCCUCGCCGCCGGCCUGGGCACCGAUGGCUCCCACUACUGGAGCAAGAACUGGGCCAAAGCCGCAGCCUUUGUCACCUCCCCCCCGAUAAGCCCGGACCCCAUGACGCCCGACCACCUCUCAUCUCUGCUUGCAAGCGGGGACCUGCAGGCUGUUGGCAGCGCCCACUGCACCUUCUCCACGGCUCAGAAAGCUGUCGGCAAGGACAACUUCACACUGAUUCCCGAAGGCACAAAUGGGAUUGAGGAGAGGAUGACCAUCGUUUGGGAGAAAUGUGUGGCCUCAGGAAAGAUGGACGAGAAUGACUUUGUGGCUGUGACCAGCACGAAUGCCGCCAAGAUCUUUAAUCUGUAUCCUCGGAAGGGACGGGUAGCCGUGGGGUCUGACGCGGACCUCGUCAUAUGGAACCCCAAAGCUGCCAGUGUCAUCUCCGCCAAGAGCCACCAUCUGAAUGUGGAGUACAACAUCUUUGAGGGAACCGAGUGCAGAGGGGCCCCCACCGUGGUCAUCAGCCAAGGGAGAAUCGUGCUAGAAGAUGGGAAUCUAUUUGUCACGCCAGGAUCGGGGCGCUUUGUUCCUCGGAAAACCUUCCCGGACUUUGUCUAUAAACGGAUCAAAGCGAGAAACAGGCUGGCCGAGAUCCACGGCGUGCCCAGGGGGCUCUAUGAUGGGCCUGUCCAGGAUGGGAUUGUGUCAGCCAAGGCGGCGGCCCCGGCCCCGUCCUCCAGGAUCACCUCCUGCCCCGGCAAGAUCAGCAUGCCCCCCAUCCGCAACCUGCACCAGUCUGGCUUUAGCUUGUCCGGUGAGCGCCCGGCCCGGGACUCCGCGGGGGCAGGGGCGAGGGUGGCGUCAGGGGGCACCAGGGACUGGGGAGAACCCAAAGGGCUGCUGCGGUGGGUCUGUUCCUGGCUCCACCUCCAGUGUACUAGAACCCUGCAGCUGGUCAGUGGAAAUCUGAGCCCGAGGGGACCCAUGGGGGGCACACGCCCACAGGGGGCACAUUCCACGGGGAGGGGGCACACAUCCACAGCGGGGCACACACCCACGAGAACACACACCCACGGGGGCCGACGCUGUGGCCUGGGCGCAGUCAGUGGCACAGAGGUCCCGAUGUUUCACAGGAUGCACUCUUCUCCGAGCCCCAGCCGCCCCCAAGAUCCCCCUCAGCCCGCCCCUGCCCAUACAAAAGCCGGGCUUCCCUGGCCCAGUGGGCAAUCUCCACUUCCUUUCCCGCAGGCUCUCAAGCUGACGACCACAUUGCCCGGAGGCCGGCCCAGAAGAUCAUGGCUCCUCCGGGAGGACGGUCCAAUAUCACAUCUCUAUCCUAGGGAGACCGCGCCGGCCCUCGGCCCCGCUUCUCAUUGGCCACCUACUAAACUCCCCUUGCGAAGGGCCCUGCUCCGCCCCUUCUCCCCACAGUAGGCCUUCCUUUCUGAACAUUUUGGGUCCCAGUGCGAGCCACCAGCCCGAGAAAAGGCGGGCCCGGGAGCUGGUGCUGGGCCAGGGCCCCGCCAG